AUGGCUCGUCGGGAGACGUUCAUGACUAUCCCCCUUCCUAACCUGGGACAAUGGAAGACCAAUAUGCGUGCCAUUUGGGACGCGCCCGGAACCAAGGCAAAGGCGCGAGCUUUCAACGAAACUGUUAAGAUUGACCAAGAAGAAACAUUGUUUUCAGAUGGAACCGUGUGGUCAAACAAAGGUGCAGUUCUGCCCGCCUCCAGCGGCCUGGGAAUCUCCGCUGACAGCCUUCUAGAUCUCGACCCGAUUCCGCCAGAGCAAAGAACAUGGAGAGCGUGGGACUAUAUGAGCUACUGGGCUUCGGACCAGUUCGCUAUUGCAACGUGGGAAUUCGCCGCCAGCAUGGUCGCCCAGGGCUUCACUCUUCGAGAGAUUGUCCCUCUGACCUUUGUCGGCAUGUUCAUUACUGGUCUGGUGUGUGUCAUGAGUGGCCACAUCGCGGCCAAAUACAGAAUUGGUUUCCCCAUGUCUACUCGGAUGUCAUGGGGUAUGCGGUUCGGAUGGUUCCCCGUUCUUGUUCGGUCCUUUACCGCCAUGAUGUGGCUUGGAAUUCUCAAUCUUAGUAUUGCCCAAUGCAUCCACCAGAUGCUGCGAGCCGUGUGGCCCGACUUUGACGACAUCCCCAACACGUUGCCGGAGAGCGCUGGAAUCACGAGUGCCGACCUGCUUUGCUACUUUAUUCUCAUCAUAAUCCAGACGCCUCUGACUCUUAUUCCGAUUUACAAGCUCAAGUGGUACUUUGUGAUGAAGGCUAUCAUAUCCCCCAUGGUCUUCAUUGGUAUGAUGAUCUGGGCGCUCGUCGUCACUAAGAACGGAGGCCCCCUUGUUGUCCAGGCUGCACAUCUGGAAGGCAGUGAAUGGGAUAAAGGCUGGGCGCGGCUCAAGGCCAUCGGAAAUGCGUCUGGCCUCUUCGCAACAGUUGCCUGCAACAUUCCGGAUUUCUCACGUUAUGCUAAGACAACGCGCGGUGCUUGGAUGCAAGCCAUAGCUCUGCCCUUGACAGGAAUGAUUCCCGUCAUUUGCUCCGUUAUUACCUGCUCAGCCUGUAUCCAGCUCUACGGCGAGUCGUUCUGGAACCCUGCCUUGAUUCUUGAAAAGUGGGAGAACCGAGCUGCUGUCUUCUUCGCCGCGAUUGUCUGGAUCAUCGCCACCAUCGGUGUGAAUCUCUCGGCCAACACAAUCACCGUCUCCAUCGCCCUGACUUCCUUCUUCCCCCGAUAUAUCAACAACAUCCGCGGUUCGCUCCUUGUGGCAGUCAUCUCCAUCAUCAUUGUUCCCUGGAAGAUUGUCUACAGCUCGGGAAGUUUCUACAACUUCCUCAAUGCCUACCCUUGCCUCAUCGGCCCCAUCAGCGGCAUCCUGCUUUCCGACUACUGGCUGGUCCGCCGCCGGUCCCUCGACGUGCGCCACCUCUACGCGCGUGGCGGUAAGUUUUGGUUCACCGGCGGCUACAACUGGCGAGCCGCCGUCGCCUGGCUGGGAGCUCUGGCCCCCAACCUACCCGGCUUCAUCCACCAGAUCGCGCCCAGCGUCCCAGAUGUCCAGCCCUACACGUACAACUUCAGCUGGUUCUUCGGAAUCGUCAUCUCCAUGGCUCUGUUCUGGUUCUGCAACUAUGUGUGGCCACCGACGUACAGCCUGUCUGGUCCUGCUGUGCACCCAGAUGAUGUGGUUGAUUGGGACACUCGCACCCGCGUUGGCAAUUGGAGCGACAUGCCCGGAUCUGUAAUUGAGGCUCAGGAGGAGAAGGGCGCUGAUAUCUCGAUUGACAGUGAGAAGAAAUGA